UAAGAGCCUGCCAUUUUGUAAGAUAGAAGGGAGAUAAAAAAUAGUUUUAUGGUGUUAAAAUUCAACAAAAACGUAAUCGCCAUUUGUGUUAGGGCUCAAAACAAAUGUUUAAAUGGACGCAUCGUCCAUUAUAACUCAGGUGUCACGGGAUGACGAACAAUUAAACAAUUAUGGAUCCGACAGAGGGUCAUCCCCUGCCGGGCAAAAUAAUGAGGGGGAUGGAACACCUGUAUCAGGAUCUACCCCUUUGGGAAGUAAGAAAUCUAGUGGAAGCGGUGGUUUCCUUCGAUCAUUACUAUGCUGCUGGCGGGGCGGGCGUGGAAAGGGUCCUCCUGGAGGAAAUGGAACGAACAGUAUUGAUGGCAGGGCCUCGCCACCACUCCUGGUUAUGGCAGAGCAUGCCGCCAGACCCUUGUUACCGCCAGUGAGACAUCAAGACAUCCAUAAAAAGUGUAUGGUUAUUGACCUCGAUGAAACUUUAGUCCACAGCUCCUUUAAGCCUAUCAACAACGCGGACUUCGUGGUGCCUGUCGAAAUAGACGGCGCAGUGCACCAGGUGUACGUGCUGAAGCGACCGCACGUGGAUGAGUUCCUGCGGCGUUGCGGCGAGCUGUACGAGUGCGUGCUGUUCACCGCCUCGCUUGCCAAAUACGCGGACCCCGUGGCCGACCUACUGGACAGAUGGGGCGUAUUCCGGGCGCGGUUGUUCCGCGACAGCUGCGUGUUCCAUCGCGGCAACUACGUGAAGGAUCUAAACAGCCUGGGGCGAGACUUGCGGCGCGUAGUAAUCGUCGACAACUCGCCUGCUUCCUACAUAUUCCACCCAGAUAACGCUGUACCCGUCGCGUCGUGGUUCGACGACAUGACAGACUCUGAACUAUUGGACCUGAUACCUUUCUUCGAGAAACUCAGCAAGGUGGACAGUGUGUACACAGUGUUGCGCAACUCCAAUCACCCGUACCAUCCCGCGCAGGGCUCGCCCACAUAGCCGCACGCCCCUCGGCCGCGAACGCCCCACGGCAACGGACCGAACUUCGUCAUAUUAAGUGCCAAUUUUGCCUUCUCAAUCAUGAGGACUCUACUCAUACCCAUUGUACGGUUUAGGUAUUUGUUAGUGCGUAAGAGGUCCGUAUGAUAAUGUGAUGUUUUUCUCUCCUUUCGAUUCGAUUCGAUUUGUUAUCGCUUCCCCCUCCCCCCUUGUUGUUCGCUUGCGGUGUCCGCUUACGACGCGAUGGAGUGUGUUCGUUUCGGUAACGUACGCUUUUGUAGUUUGUCCACGUUUUGCUGAGCGCUCUUUUGUUCUUUAUGGUCCGUUUCUUGGUGCCAGUGGCAGGAGUGAGAGUGAAUAAAUCUUGGAGGUGUUUGCAAUUAUUGUUGAAUAUGUUAAAAUGCUAAUAAUUCAGUAAACAACAGGAGCUAAUUUAUUAUUAACAAAGUAUAAAUGUGAGAGCGCUUGCCAAAAUUUGACAAACUAUAAAAUAUGUGUACGAUAUGUCACUUUAUAUCAUGCUUGGGAACAAAUAUGAAUAAGUUAGGGUUACAUAGGCGACGAAUGUCGUCUGUUAGUGUUUCCGGUUGAUGAGUUGCCGCAAGUUUGUGAGGGAGUAGUCACAUUAUCGCUCAUCUUUCGAAGAUAUCUCGGUUGCUUUUUAUCUGGCGAAGAAGCGUGGUACCUACACGUUAGGUAGAGAAAUUGUGCAUUGUACGCUUCUAUGAAACAUAAACAGACAAAACGAAUGAAAAAGGUUGAAGAUAGCGCAUCAAUGUGAUUACUCCCAAAGAGUUGGUUUGCCUCCACCGUGUCCCAGUGUAAAACGCUAAUCGAGUUUAAUUCGAUCGAUAGACUUAUAGAACGAUCACGAAUUCUAAAAUUCGACUGGUAUUUUAAAGUAGGAGCGUCCAGCUCUAGUGGAAUAUGUAUAUACUUCUCUUUUUUAUAACGAAAAACGAUGAGCGACGCUUGAAUCGCUUAUAAAUUUGACUAAUGUGAAUAAUUGUUGUACAUAAAAUGUGUCUAAUAAAAUGUGAAAUCAUGAUGGGAAAAUAGUUGUAAGGUUUUUAGAAUCGCGCACUAUCGUUAUACGGCGGCAGGUCGCACUAUUUCAGAAUGUGCGCAAUGUGUAUCGAAGACUGAAACGGUAGUAGGAGCUAUUGUGUUUACGCUCUUCACGUAUAUUUACGUGUGUUAUAGUUUAAUAUAUUGGCUAUAUUUUUAUCGUAGCAUUCUAAUUAUGA